CUUCAGCACCGCCGGGUUCCCCGGGUUACAGUGGCCGGCAGCCCCCGGCCCGAGCCCCGCUCCCAUUCCGCCGUACAGGCUGUGGAGCUGCAGCGGAGGCGGCGGAGGAGGAGGCCCGGACGAAGCGGCCAGAGACGCCGGGGAGGGAAGGAGCGGUGCUAUGGGGACGGUAACCCCGGGCCGGAGAGAGGAGCGGAGGGUCCCGGUCGGUCCUGAACCAAAUCCAAUCCCCGGCUGUAGCCUCUGAGGGCGGAUACUGUUCACGUUAGAUUCCAUUGUCCCAACGUAACGUCUGCAAAGUCCCGGUCCGGAUGCGAUUCAAGGCGAUCAACCCGAUGAGUUCAGGUUCGAAAAUGGUCUUCGGGGGUUUAAUGGACACAGUAUUAACAGGAUUUUGUCAAUCACUGCCGAAACAAGUAGUUAUCCGAUGUUGAUUCGACACAUAUCACUGCUGCUAUGCAUCCUCACUCUCUGGAUUAGGCUACGGGACUGUCAGUCAAAUGAGGCCUUCAGGGGCAGCUCGUAAUCCGCAGUUUCAGAGUUAAAGAACAGCAACACCACGUUUUUGUCAUAAAUUUAGCUUCUAUCGUCAGUUGUUUAUUUGAUUUAAAAUCACAAUACAAUUACAUUUAAAAAAUUAAUUAAUGAUAAAUACAAUUACAGAUUCUUCACAACAUUAAAAUCACUCCAAAACCUAUGCUUUUCCAGUUCAUUCAUACAUACAGUUUUGUUUUAAAGUCCUUUUCAAAUAAUACCUUCUGCUUAUUUGCUGUGUGCUCCUAGGCAAAUGAUUCCACAUUUCAAGAGAUCUAAAUAAAACUGUUCUCUUCAUACAACUGGAUUUGGAGAAUGAAACCAUUAAAUUGAGUACAAUUGUUAAAUUGGACCAGACAACUGUACAUUUGUAGUUUUAAACACAUAUUUUGUUGGUUUUUGUAACUUGUUGGACGUUUAUUCACUCAAAUUAGCUGUAAACAAGUAAUGAAGGUAUAAUCUAUAUUGCAUUACAUUACACCUAAUUUUUAUGUCUAAAAUCUGGUUACUGGUAUUUGAGUCAGUAGUGUCAAUAAAACUGCCACUGCUGAAAAUAAAAAAAGAAACAGUGCAGAUUAAAAAAAGCCACAAUGGAAGUUAACGAUGCAAAAGUGGCGAUGGAAAAAAAAAGUUGCUCACAAUGGAAGUGAGCUGCUGGGGACCAAUAAUGAUAAUGCACCAGUGUUUUACGAAUGUUUAAUGAGUUGAUAUGAACUGAAGCUAAUCAUACAUUGGCAUCCUCCAGUUCAACUUCAUAUCGACUCAGGCGCUACAUGGCCUAACCAAAUGACACAUUAAAAAGUACACAAAGCGAAAUUAAACAAUAACCUUUCCACUAACUUCUUUGCUUGUCUUCUCGCCGUUGUCUUCGCUGGCUAGAUCGUAAAACAUGGUGCAUCAUCAUUAUUGGUCCCUGACAGCUCACUUCUGUUGUAGCUUUUUUUUUUUCAUCCUUUUAUUUUCGCAGUAUGUAACUUUUUUUUUUUUUAAUUCCCACUUUAUUUUUUUUUUUUUGCAUUCUUUUUUUAUUUGCAGCAGUGGCAGUUCUCAGCCACCAUACUUUAGUCUGUAACAUCUACAUUGAGUAGAUUGCCAUUUAAAAUGCAUGUCUUGGAUUUUACCACGAUUUGUACAGCCCCUGAAGGCAGCAGGGGAAAGUCAGGAAAAUAUCAAGAGAAGAAAUCUGAGCCUCCUCUGUUCUCCUCUGGCACCAACAGAGCACAGUGAGGCUUUGCUGCUUCAGCUCUGAAGCAUGUGAUUAACACUUGGAAGCAGAGUCCGUCAUUGUGCUUGAUAAGAGGACUUAAAAAAACAACCCAAAAUUUAUCCUUUUUGUGACACUGAAAGAAGUCACCCAGGUGGAGCUGUGUUUAACUUUGAGUAGGUGGACCACCAACUUUGAACAGAACAAAGACUCUUAGAGGAAGUGGGACCUCCUCUUGUGCUUCCUAAAUGUUUUUUAUGACUCUCUGGAACUUGUGUAAUUUUUCAUUCUUGCUGCGGUCUGGUGUGAGACCAGGAAAGCUUUAAAGGAGGGGCUGUGAGGCAUUUGAAUAUUUUUUUUUCUUUUUUAGUUUGGCCCUUUUUAAUUCCAGCAAGAUUGAGAAACAAUCUUCUCAAACAAUGUUGCCUGUUGUUAUUGCUCACCUCAGAGUACACAACAGGAAAGUCAUAAAUCACAGUUGUAAUGAGUGUUUGGCACACUGGAGGGCGUGCUCUCAUUUCAUUACAUCAGUUAAUAGCCUCAGCUAUGCAGAUCAAUAACAUUUGGACUCUGGUAGGUGUUAAGUUUGUAUGAACUGCUGUGUGGCUGUUCAGCAGUGCCUCACUUCUGGUUCAAUCUUAUCAAGGUCAUCUCUUCAACAGGUACAACUUACAUUCCAGAGACUUUGAUAUGGUUUAAAGAUAAUGGGAUGAAGGUUUGGUAUCUGACUUAAAGGUCCUAUAAGGAACUUCCGGUUCGUGUCAACUCUGGUGCCUUUUUGGCUUUUAAACUCACCAGGACAACAUUUUCUGCUUUCCAUCAUUGUGCAAACAUAUCACCUAUUGUGAAUAUUUGUUGUUGAAAUUAUAAAACAAGAUUGUCUCUUUAGCAUGCUGUAAAUCAUCAGCACUAGGAAACUAUGUGAAAGUUCAAACAUUGCCUUUAUUUGUUUAUGUGAUUUCCAGUUUAGGACAUGAUGAGGACAUCAGUGUUUUAGAGGUUGCACCAGCUGAGAUAGUCUUAGUGGCGAACAGGUAACUUCUUACUUUUAAAUUGAGACUUUCAGCUGCUGUUUUCCACCUGUUUAGAGGCAAUCUAGCAUGAGAGUUAGCGCUUAAUUAACCUAAUAAGAAAAUAACUUUUCACUGGUUGGCUGGAUCGAGUGAGCAAGUCAUUUCUUUUAAGAUUAACUAUAUGUCUACCAAACGUUGAAAAAACUUGAAACCAAACUAAGUAGUUUCAAUUUAUUGUUUAUAAAAAUUAAAAUUAUUAUUAAAUUCAAUUACUUGACCUUAAUUUGAAAUACUUUACUCGACUUUUUUCAACUUCCACAUGUUUGUCACUUUUACUCAGUUACACUUACACUGCCUAUAAAUGACUUUGAGUUUCUCUCAGAUCAAGAUUAAUUGAAAAACACUCAUAUAGUAAGGUUUUAAAAUAUGGGGUAGCUUUUAAGGUUAUACAUAUCAGCGUGUUCCCAUAGAGUUCAAACUUCUCAAAGAGUUUCAGUGAAAUAGUUUGUGUCACCAAAGUGGAAAAGUAAAGGCAUAUUUCACAAAUUGAUGGCGUGGAUCUUUGUCCUCUCCUCUUAAGGGUCCUGACUGUUUUGCUGGCAACCAGUGAUCAGUCUUUCAAAUAUGAUUCAAUGCAUCAAGCUAAAAAACAACUCUCUAGAUGAAGCUAUAUUUGAAAAGCUGCAAGAACAAUAAUGAGUUUAACAGUAUCAUGACAGUCAAAAAGAUUUACCUCGCUCUCUUUCUUUUAAAACCACUCAGAGCCCGUGUCUAUUCCACCCUUCCUGUAACAACAGUUAUGCAGCAGACUUUUUCAGCUUUCAGUCAGUCUUGCAUACCACAGUAAAAUUGUUCCACUUCUUUUAUUUUUACUUUUAAAAAACAGGUUACGGUGAUGAAAAAAAUAACAUGCUCUUCCCACCAGGGGAGUCCAGGCCAAUGGUGAACAUGCCCUGGACUGGGACAGUAAUCUGGUUGAAAACAUUCCCACAUCUGGUUUGGAUUUGAGCUUUAUGUCAAAAUCUGACUGUUAAUACUCCAGAGCGGGGGCUUUCCCAAUAGAUGAACAAAGACUCAUAGAAAUGUCCAACAAGUUUUAUGAAACAGCUUAUGUUUGCUUUGCCCUCUGCUCACAUACUUUGGGUUCUUUCCCCCUGUCAUGAACCGUUUAUGGCUGCUGGAGGUGAAGUAGGGUUGGGAAUUAAUUACUUUACAACAACCAUAAAGAUAAAUUGCGAGGAAUAACAACGUGGUGGACAAAAAACCAAAGGUAAAUUUACAUAAGGGCAUUAGGUUCUUCUGCAUAUUUUUCUCAAUUUAUAAUCAUGAUUGUCAGAAUAAGAAAAAGUUAGGUAUGGUGUUUACUUUGAGCAGAGAGACGAGGGCUCACAGUUAACAUGCCCCAGUUUUACCCUGACGUGCUCCUGCUGAUGAGCAGUUAGCAUCGAUGCAUGAGGUAUUUUUUGUACAUCUAAACAAGAGUACGACCUUAAGGCAGAUUUAGGUUCAAAUAAAAAAAACAUUAUUUUUAAAAGUAAAACAGGUGACACAGAUUGAUCAUUCAAUCAGAGCUCAUAAGUGCUGUAGAAACCUGUAAAAGUUUGGGUAAUGUCUGCUUUAAGUCUGAUAUUCAACGAUCACCAAAGCUUAUCAAGACCACACAGAAAUAUAAUAAAACUGAGGAACAUUCAAAAAUCAGAUUUUUUUGAUUACGUUUUUUGAAAAACAAAACUGUACAAUGAAAUCGAGAACUUUUCAAGAGUAAAACAAGGUCUUGCUUUGUGUCAUAACUGUAGAGGCUGAUGUGGCAUUAUAACUGGACCUCACUGUCAUGAUGAUGAUGUUUAUCCCAAUGAUGAUUAAGGGUUUUAUUUAAUCAAUAAGAUAAGAUGCCAUCUCAUGUUGGACAGUCAGCAGUAGGAGUUUUGGACUUUGGUUGAGUUUGCCCAGGUGGAGGACUGAGCAGCAAGGGUCAGCACAGUGAGUCACUUACCGUAAAAAAACAUCCAAUAAUGUUUUCUUUCUUUAUCUAGUCCAAUCAGGUUCAUAUCUCAGGGGGUUGUAUCAGCGCACAGGGCUAUAAGAGGCCAGAGCGUCCAACAGUAGGGCACCAUCCGGUCCAAGUUCUCCUGCCGCACAGGUGAGUCGCACUCCAAUUAUCCUUUCUUUUCUACAGGCUGAAACUUACCGUUUUUUUUUUUUAACCAGAAGAGGACCAUAUCUGAAUUUAAGAUGCUUAAAAUCAUGUUAAAAUCUAAGUUCUAAUGUUAAUCUAUUUGAGUUACAAUACAAUAGAACCUCUCAAAGUCAACCCAGCUGACUUUAUUGCAGUAUAAUGCAAAAAGAAAAGUGACAAAUUUAAUCUGGCCUGAAGUUUGUUUGUUUCUUUACUUUUGUGGAGUUAAAAAAAGGAAACUCAGCGGGACAUUUUAUCAGUGACUCAUCUGAUUGAGCAAGAGAAAGCCUUUCUGCUUUUAACUGGUGGAAAACAACCUCAAGGGAACAUCUCUGAUUAGGAUCAGCAAAAGUAAACAUUAUGACAAGAGGUUUAGAUUCACCUCUCAGUUGUCCCAAAUAGCAAAAAUGAGAGUAUUUCAAUGUAGAGUUACUGAUUGUUUGUUUUUGUAGGUCCUCUACACUCAGCAGUCAUGAAAUUCAUCCUCAUUGCCGCCGUCGCUCUCCUUGCUCUGGCACAAGGUAUGACAGUCACACAUUAACUAUUACGCCAGAAGAUCCAAGUGGUUGUCAGUGUCUGAAACAGCCUCACUAACUGUACUGUUUUGAUUUUUGGAAACCUGCAGGGAGCUUCGCCCAAGAAGCCACUGACAUGGAGAAGCUGACCAAGUACAUUGAAGAGAUGAAGACUAAAUUCACUGAGAUAGUCGGCAACCCAGAGCUGGUAAAUCAGGCACAGUAAGUACAGAGAGCCUCAUCAGACCUUUACCUCCACUCCUACACCUACAAUCAACAGGCUUCAGUCAUGACUUGUGUUCAAAGUUAUUCAAAUCUCUUGACUCUUGUUUGGACAUUGUAUUUAAAGUUGUAACCCCUGCCUUUCUAUAGUUUAUACAAUCUUUCACAAGUGAUCAGUUUACAACAUGACUUCAAUUAUUGAACUAAAAAUCAGUGUUUCCCCAGGUCAAAAUUUGCUCAUCGGUAAUUUUACAGCCUAUAUAAAAUAUCAAACACAUGUGUUUUACUCUUGACUGAUGUUAUUGUGUGGUACGGUUAAUUUUACUUUGAAAAUUUAUCAUCGUUCAUGUGUUUGUCAUUAUGUAAGGCAUUUAUUUGAAGUAGAACUUCAUUAUGGAAAAAAAUCUCAAGUUAAUUGUAUUUCAUUCUUACUGGAUUACUAGAUUCAUGGCUGGAUUCUCAAGACCUGCACUCUAAAUUGCAGCUCAAACAUAAAUCUAUGAUUGUCACAUAUGACAGUUUUCCAUGCUCUACCCAACAGGGCCUUCAUGACUGAAAGGCAGGCCCAGCUGGAGCCUAUGGCCGCUCAGAUCCAAGAGCAGCUGAAGGCAGCCGCCGCCAACAUGCAGGAGCAGGUCGGGCCACUUGCGGCCAACAUGCAGGAGCAGUUUCAGCCCAUGAUCACCAACCUCCAGGAGCAAAUGGAGGGAUUCAUGAGGAAGCUGAUGGAACAGGCCCCAGCCCUUGGAAACUAAACUGUGCACCCAAAACAAAGGCAAAAGUGCUUCCAAACAUCCAUCCUCUCAAGAGUUACUUGCAUUUGAUGGCUGGCCUGAAAAUAGAGGCUGAAGAUCUACAACUUAAGAUGGGAUUCAGAGGUUUCUAGUACUGGCUUUGUCAUCUUAUGUCCAAUAAGCACAAAUAAACCUUGAAACACAA